UUUCAGUAAGCGCCAACCGCAAUGGACGAACCGGUCAACACUCAGUCAGGUGAGAGUCCAGCUGAAGAGGAGGAGGAGGAUGAGGAGCCCCUGAGAUGCUUCCUGGAGGAGAUUAACUGCCCGGAACCAGGCAUCAUAGAUCGCCAAAUGAUAGAGACCGCCUAUCUGGAGGAGGGCCAAAAGGGCGAGGCGAGACGUCUCCACCAACUGGAACCAGUGGUCUAUGAUCGCAUCACCACCAUGCGGCUAGAGUUCAAAAAUAUCCUGAGAAUUGAUCACCUUUGGAUGAUGCCCAAUCUUACCAAGCUCUGCUUGAACUGCAACAAAAUCGAGGUGAUUGAGCAUCUGGAAAUGCUAACUGCCCUCAAAGAUCUGAAUCUCAGUUUUAACUACAUCACGCGAAUUGAGAACCUGGAGACACUGGUCAACCUCGAAAAACUCUCACUGUUUAGCAACCGCAUCCGGAGAAUCGAGAACAUACAUACUUUGGAGAAUCUCGUUAUUCUCAGCAUUGGAAAUAACCUUAUCGAUACGGUGGAGGGGAUUGAACGCUUACGUUUUGUGAGCAGUCUCAAAGUGCUCAACCUGGAGGGUAAUCCCAUUGCCAAACUGCCGGACUUCCCGUUGUCCCUUUAUGUGACUGCCAUCCUGCCCCAGUUGCGCUACUACGAGUACAUUUUCAUCAAGACAGAGGUGAAGGAGGAGGCCAAGAAGCGUUUCUAUCGAGAGUUGCGCGAAAUCGAGGACAAACAGGAGCGUGAGAUCCAAGGCCUGGAAACGAAGGCUCGUGAAAUGGCCGAGGCGGACAGGCUGGCCUCCAGUUUUGUGGAGCAUCUGGAUGGUCAGCAGCUGUACGAGUCCUUGUGGCGAGACGACGAGGAGGGGCGCAUUCUGAUGUUGGUGGGGGCACAGGCUCAGGAGCUCUACGAGGAGUAUUCCAAGGAUGUGUACGAGCUCACCCAGCAGAUCUACCGCCUGGGCCUGGAGCGAUUCGGUGAGCGGGACGCGGAGAUUCGCGACUUCAAGGCCAGCCUGCACGAGGGACAGGAGGAGCUGCAGGCUCAAGGUCAACGGCAAAUCGAGCAGUUCCUACAGUACAAGGAGCGAACCUUCGACGAGAUGCGCCUGAAGUGGAGGGAACUGGACCAGCGCGACGAUGAUUUGGAAGCCCUGCAGUCCCAGUUGGAUACCCUGAAUGCCCACUUUGAGGACGCCCUAAACGAGCUGUGGGAAAGUCUGAUGGCUCAGGAGCUCCAUCUGCACGAGGCUGUUGAAGAUUCCACGUUAAAUUUCAAUCGGAAGAUUUCCGAACUAAUGGCCAGCUUUGUGGAGCAGGCUCAGGUGAUCUUCCAGCAAUUGCGAGAUGUUUGCAGUCACUUUGCCCACAACAUGACGGAGGUAGUCACCCAAUUCCUCUCCAGCAAGCUGAGUCGCCAGGAGCAGAAUGCCAUUCCCGAAGAGCUGAGAAAGUGUGUGGACGAUCGCGAGGCAGUGCUGCAGCUGGUGGAGGGCAUGAGGACAACCCAUACCGCACGGGUGGAUGAGCGCGAGGAUCGCAUGGCUCAACGCAGCAGGGAGUUUAUAGAUGACAUGAUCUUCAAGCUUAACAACAACGAAGUAGACCGUCAUCGUGCCAAAAUUCUAGAGAUCAAUUCGUUUAUGGAAAUGAUGACACAGGCUUUGGCCAAUCUGCCGGGGGAAUCGCACCAGGAAGCCUCUUCGGAUUGACA